AUGUCGUUUUGCAUUCCUUCUAUGUGUACUUAUAUGUUUCACUAUUCACAAUUUUACACUUUACACUCACAACCUACACAAAUCUCUUUCCUUCUUCAAGCUCCCCAAGUUCAUCACAGUUCAUCAAUCUUCAUCUACUUCAUCAACUCUCUCAUGGAUUCCCAACAACAAUCUGUCUACAACUACUCUCAGCAAAUGGAAUCAACGGAACAACCACCCAUUUCUUCUCAGCAAACAACUGCAACAACCAGUGUUGUCUCUACCCCUAUUUACAAAGAACCACACAUUUUGGAUCAGACAACGACGCCUUCUGAGAAGUUAAAGAAGGCCAAGAAAGCAAAGUUGGGGGAAACUUUUGUGUCAAGACCUCUAGUCCCUCUGAUCGAAUCACCGAGUAAGUCUUUUCCUCCUCACUCUCGCACUGUCAAUUUAAAGAAAAUUGCUUCUUCUCUUUGCCAUACCACCCCUAUCUACACUCAAUCUGAACCCCUACCAUCUACCACCAAACCCUCUGAUACUCCAACCCCUAACCCACCAUCACCUUCAUUUCUAAAAUUUAACCUAUCCACCAUAACCCUACCAGUUUCUGAAGCUGAAAUGCUCAAUGAACCUAUCUCACCAAUCUCCUCCACACCUUCAUAUUCACCCUACUACAUCAUAUCAUAUGAUUCAGGACCCUUUGACCGUCAAUCCCCCACAUUGGCUCAGCUUCAGGCUCAUGUUCUUGCCUCACAACAACAACCUGAACCAGAAGCUAACACUCCACCACCUAAACAACUAAUUCCACCACCAUCUGAACAACCACAAACACCACCAUCUGAACAACCACCAAAUCCACCACCUGAACAACCCACAAUACCACCCUCUGAUACUCCCAUCAUACCACCCUCUGAAAAGAUUAUCAUCCCUACCUCUCAGACUCCUGCUGACACUACCCAAACACCACCAACAUAUCCAUCCCCCAACUCUGAACCAGAACCUACCUUCCCCACCCUAGAAAUCUCUUUAUUUGCUAAGUCUUCAGUGGAGAAGAUCAGAUCUCUAUCUGAAAACUCUGAUAUCAAGAAGCUGGAGAAAGACUAUAGGCUCGACUGGUCAGAGAGGCAGAGGAAAAGGCCAGAAGAGAAGCAGAAGAGAAAGCUCGUCUGGAAGAAGAGCGGCGGGUUAGAGAAGUUGUAUAGAAGGUUAUUGCUGAAGUUGUGGCUGCUGUUGAAGCUGAGGCAAAAGCAAAAGCUGACGCUGAAGAGGCAGCACGCAUAG